AUGGGCUCCCAAGGUACGACUCGCAAGCGACCGGCUCCAGGAACGGCCCCGGCUGGUCAUGCCCAGAUGGGCGCUGUCCCAAAUUACUCCUCCUCGAACCCCGGAGCGCAACUAUCCAACGACCAGUUUCUGCAGUGGGGCCAGAAUCCUUCCGCCAAUGUCGUCAAUCCCUCCUCCUUCGCUGAUCCCUCUACCUACAACCCGGCGGCAUAUGCGACAUCUCAGGAGCUGUCUGCACCGGGCGCAUCCGCCUCAAACCAACUUGCCCGCCGACAAGCAGCAAAUCAGCUGGUCAGCCGCAACCGCGGCUAUGAACAAGCCCCAACCGUGUAUCAGGAGAACGACCCUGGCCAUGGCGGAGGAGAGUCUGGCGCGUGGGGGGAGUCAUUAGAGGAAUUGUAUCAACGAGCUCUAGCAGCCAAGAGAGAUUCGCAAGCGAAGCGAAAACAGAUUCCUCCUUUUGUGCAGAAGUUGAGCAGUUUCUUGGAUGAGUCGAAAAACACUGAACUAAUCCGGUGGUCUGACGAUGGCAAUUCUUUCAUCGUGUUGGACGAGGACGAGUUUGCCAGGACUCUAAUUCCCGAACUUUUCAAGCACAACAACUAUGCAUCAUUUGUGCGACAACUGAACAUGUACGGCUUCCACAAGAAGGUGGGCCUUUCGGAUAAUUCUAUGCGCGCCAGCGAGCGCAAGAACAAGAGCCCCAGCGAAUACGCCAAUCCCUAUUUCAAACGAGGCCAUCCCGAUCUGCUUUGGUUGAUCCAGAAGCCGAAAAACGCGACCGGUCACGCUAGCAAGGGCAGCAAGAGCGGCCCCAGGGUGAAGACGGAAGACGCGGAUGAGAAUGACAUGGACGAGUAUACCGAGGAUAGUGGGACGGCAAACCGCGAUGAGCGUGCGCGACCACGGCACCUCUCACUGCUCACGGACACUCAAAUGCCUAAUGACCAACUUGCCGGGGUGUACCGCGAGCUGCAGGCAAUUCGUCAGCAGCAGUCGAUUAUUUCGACAACGAUCUCCAGGUUGCGCAAAGAGCAUGAACAGCUCUAUGCACAGGCAGCCAAUUUCCAGGAGCAGCACACUCGCCACGAGAACUCGAUAAAUGCCAUUCUCACAUUCCUUGCGACGGUGUACAACCGCAGUCUGCAGGGACAGGAUGGUAACACUCAAAAUCUUGCCAACUCUUUCGCUGGAGCCAUCUCGGGCGAUCAAGGCAAUAUCGUUGACAUGGGCGAAAACUUUUCUUUCAACCCGCUGAGUGGGUUGACUAGCCCUGGCGGACAACGCACCAUGAAGAAGCAGCCGCUGCUCUUGAAAGCGCCCCCUGCCACAGAUGACGGUCGAGCUACCACGCUGUCCCCCGGGACCAGCGGUUCCUACGAAACUCGGUCCCGCGCUCAUGCUCGCCAGCCGAGUGCCACGCAGCCUGGACAUGUCGAGGAAGUACUCGAAAACAGUCCACAACAGGACAAUACGAACCUCCCCCCGGGACUCCCACCAACAGACGACAACUUCCCGCAGCGGGAUAUCAUGUCCGUCAUCCAGAAUUCCAAUGCGCGCAAUGGUAUCCCGACAAGUUUCUCCGAGUUCCCCAAUGUUCUUUCGUCCCUGGAAAACGCCGGCGGCAACGUCCCUCUCACGCCGAACCAGCGUGCCGAUAUGCUUCGACUGAUGGCCAACGAAACCAACACCGGAGACACUGGCCCGAAUGCAACUAACAAUGCUCUGACGACGCCGAACCCCCCGCCCAUGCCGCAGAACUACUCGGGCCGUCUUGCAGACACUCGACAAGAAAUCGAUAAUUUGGUGAAGAUGCAAGCCGAACAGGACCGGUCCGUCCAAAACCUGACCCACCUUCUUCAACCAUUAAGCCCAACGGGCGCGAUACCGGGUCUCGAUAGUGAUGGCAACGUGCCGCCUCCGCCUCUUGACCUUGACACUAUCUUCAACCAGGACUAUUUCACGGAUUUCGCCGAUACGGACCACGACAAGAAGAAUUUCAACUUGGAUGACAAUGCUGGCCAAGGAUCUGGAACGGGUGUGAAUAAGCACGAGGGCACUGGUCAUGCCGAUGACGGAGACACCAACGACCUGUUCAAUUUCGACCACAUCCCUGACAAUGGCGACCUCUUUGAAGGAGCGACCCAUGACCAGGGUCAUUCGGGAUACAACUACGGCUUCGACGAUGCCCACUACGGUGGCGACUCGGGCUCGGGGAACAAUGCCGAUUCGGGCCGUGUUAUUGAGCAGUUGACCGAUAGCGAGGCAACUAGCCCGGUAGGACCGAAUGAUGAUACCAAUGGCCCCGAGGAUGGAGGCAGUGCGAAGCGACGUCGGAAGGCGUGA